AUGAAAUUAUUAUUAUUAUUUUUAUUGUUUUUAGUAAAUUAUUCAACCGCUUUAUAUUGUGGAUUUCCAAUUGGAGAAAAUCAAACUACCACUCCUUUCAACAGAUAUGUAACAAUUAAAAGUUGCAGUAAGGAUUAUGAACAUCCAGGUAAUGACUAUUGUGAAGUUUUGUUUGAAGGUGAAAUGGAGAUGGGUGAUUAUAUCACUCAUGGUUAUAAUAAUAACACUUUUCAAUAUAUGGGUGAUGGCUCAGUUUGCUAUAGUGUUUAUAGAGAAUUAUCACAAUGUUAUUUUUUAAAUCCACAAAGUGGAUGUGCAAGAUAUUGUGUAUAUAAUUAUACCUCAUUUUUAUAUUAUAAUGUUUAUGGAUACUAUACUUGUGACAGUAAACAACAAUAUCUAUAUACUAUAAGUAUUACCGAAAAUUCACACGAAGGAAACCCAAGCUCAUCCAAUAGAAUAAUGUAUUCUAUGUUUUCAUUGCUAUUAGUAUUCAUAGUUGGUUUAUUAAUUUAA